UAAAAUUCCUCAAUUAGAUCGGAUCAAUUGUAUUGAUAGCAUAUUCAAUACUGCAUAAUUUUUUGCAACAAUUUGGCAAAAAUGUUGAAUACGAAAGGUUUAACAGUUUUGGUUUUGGUGGCCGUUUUGGGUGGAAUUAAUGCCCAAAAUGGAUCCCCAUGUCACGCCAGCUUUUUCCAGUUUACACCCAGACACAACUUGAAUAUUUCAAGUUACAUGGGAGACUGGUAUAUCCAUGAAGUUGCAGGAAGUCAUAUUGGAAAUUUCCCAGAACCUGACUGGAAAUGUGCCAAGCGUCACCUCCACCUUCCCAACGAGACGGAUAUUCUCCAUCUCGAAUCGACUGAUACCUUCGUCAACAUCACGGAUGGCGUCACCGUUGCUGAAAGCAAACUCGUCUCCGUUAACAAUACCCGCAGCCCGUUCUCUGCCAUGUGGCGUUUGAAUUCGGGUGCCGAGGGCGAAAUUGAUACUCAAGUGAUCGUGUUAUUCGCGGAUCUUGAUUUUGCCCACUGGACGGUCGUGUACUCCUGCUCCAUCCUCGGCCCGGAUGCUUAUCGCUAUGAGGUCGUUUACGCCAUGACCCGUGCACGCGCCAUUCCCCCAGAACUCAGACAAUACCUCAAGGCACUCAUGGUCGGUCAAGGAUUCAGAAUUGGAGACCACUGGCCAGUCGAUCAGGCCAACUGCGAUUAAAAAAUAAAUGUCAUUUUGUGAAAUUCGAAACGUACAAUAAACUAAAUUUCAAUGUGAGACUAAAAUUGUUUAACAGAA